AUGUCAGCCCCACCCAAAAGGCCGCCUUCCAUCAUUGCACCAUCCUUUACAAGUGAUGUCACUUUCUCCACCUUGACAAGGCCCUUUGAACUGCAGUUAUCUCAUUUGGGAAAGACAAAAUCAAGUUCAUCUUUUAUAAAAUCAGAGACAUCGCUUGUGAUUCCUCCAAUCGAAACAACAGCAAGCAGCAGCACCAGCAGCAGCAUCGAUGAACCGACGGAUCAAGAGGAGAGCAAACUGAAAAAAACCUUAAAUCGAGUUAAAUCGAUAGCUAAAUCUGCUUUUCUAAAGUAUUGGUUUUUGCUUGGUUUAGUAAUUGCCAUUUUACUGGCAUGGCAAUUUCCAAAUGUAGGCAGAAAAGGCGGUUACAUUCGAGCUGAAUGGAGUAUAAAGUGGGGCGCCGUUGUUGUUAUCUUUUUAAUAUCAGGUCUGUCGUUACGUACAAGGAUACUGGCCCAGACUUUGCUUCGAGUGCGAUUGCAUUUCCUGAUACAAACCAUCAAUCUCAUCAUAAUCCCGUUCUUUGUAUUUGGCCUCGUCCUCCUGUUCUUCAAACUGCAUAUGCCUGUAAACUCUUUGCUCUUGAUUGGUGUAGUCAUUGCUGCCAGUACCCCAACCACCGUCUCUUCCAAUGUGGUCAUGACGAAAAAUGCAAAUGGAAACGAAGCAUCUGCACUGAUGAAUGCUGCUUUAGGCAAUGUUCUUGGCAUCUUUGUAUCACCAGCGCUGGUUUCUUACUUCCAGGACCCGCUGUUGGCUGCUUCACCAGAGGAUGAGAGCGCAAAUACAGCAGGAGGUUCGGUUGAUUUCAUAAUGGUCUUAAAGCAAUUGGGCCUUACAGUCUUAUUACCGCUGGUUAUUGGACAAGCCAUUCAGAUGUUAUUUACUGAACCAGUUGCAAAAUUCAAAGUGAAAUGUAGACUGUCUGAUGUUAGCAGCUUUUGUUUGUUGUUGAUGGUCUGGUCAGUCUUUUCUGAUGCGGUUCAUGCUGGCUCCUUUUCUGCAGUGGCUGGCAAAGACAUUGCUGCCGUUGUCAUCUUGAACUUUUUGUUCUACGUUUUGUUCUCUGUCUUUUCGUUUGCGCUCGCUCGAUUGCCUUACUCGAAGCGCAUCUUUGGUCCUUUGAAAUGGUUGGAUAGAUUACGCUAUUCUCGAGAAGAUACUGUUGCAGUAAUGUACUGUGGUGCCACAAAAACUGUUGCUAUGGGCGUGCCUUUGAUCAAUGUGCUGUAUCAAAAAGGUGAUCCAGGCACCAUUGGAGUUCUCUCUACGCCGUUGCUCCUCUACCACGUUGAACAGUUGAUUUUGGGUAAUAUUGAAGUGGAAAUUCUCAAGAAAUGGAUCUCACGUGGAAAAAAGAGAGAUGAGCAAAAAGUACAAGAUCAAGCUGCUGGUAUCGAUGAUCAAGAUGAUGAAGAAAGCCAACAACAACAACAAACAUCAACUACAUCUACAACCUCGGUUCAUUUGAAUCGAGAUGAAGAGAAUGCAUAUGAAAGUGGUGUAACGAAAAUAGAGCCAUAUCAGAGUCAACUCAAGUUGUCUGUUUAA